GACUGCCCCCGUAUCACUAUUCACUGUCGCUCAACUCUACUGAAGCCAGAGGACUUAUUAUCUUAUUUUUAUGUCUUAUCAUAUUAUUUGAUAAAUUAUCUUCUGAGGAUGACAAGUAAAAUGAAGUUUGUUCGGUCUCUGAUGAAGACAGCAGCGCUGGCCAACGUGCCCAAACACAUCGAUCAUUUCUCCAAGUUCUCCCCCUCUCCUCUGUCGAUGAAACAGUUCUUGGAUUUCGGUUCGACUAACGCCUGUGAACGCACGUCGUUUGUCUUCCUUCGUCAGGAGCUUCCUGUUCGUUUGUCCAACAUCAUGAAGGAGAUCAACCUGUUGCCGGACCGGCUGCUGGCCACGCCCUCUGUCCAGCUGCUUCAGAGCUGGUACAUCCAGAGCCUGAUGGAGAUCCUGGAGUUUCUGGACAAGAACCCUGAUGACCACAGCGUUCUUGAGAUGUUUGUGGAGGCUUUGGAGGUCAUCAGGAACCGGCACAACGAGGUGGUCCCCACCAUGGCUCAGGGAAUCAUUGAGUAUAAAGACGAUUAUGGUCAGCGGGAUGCCGUCACUGACCACAACAUCCAGUAUUUCCUGGACCGAUUCUACACCAGCCGCAUCUCCAUACGCAUGCUCAUCAAUCAGCACACUCUUGUCUUCAAUGGCCUCACAAACCCUGCCCACCCCAACACCAUUGGCUGUAUUGACUCCAUGUGUGAUGUGACGGAGGUUGCACGAGAUGCUUACGAAAGUGCAAAGCUGCUGUGUGAGCAGUAUUACCUGGGAGCACCAGAGCUGGAGCUGAGGCAGAUGAAUGCCAACAAAAGUAAAGAGCCCAUCCACAUCUCGUACAUCCCGUCCCACCUGUACCACAUACUCUUUGAACUCUUCAAGAAUGCCAUGAGAGCAACCAUUGAGAACCAUGAGGCUAGCAGGACCCUCCCACCCAUCAAGGUCAUGGUCGCCCUUGGUGGAGAGGACCUGUCAAUCAAGAUGAGUGACAGAGGAGGUGGCGUUCCCUUCAGGAACACAGAGCGUCUGUUCAGCUACAUGUACUCCACAGCUCCCAGACCGUCCAUAGGAGACAAACACAGAGCCCCACUGGCAGGGUUUGGCUAUGGUCUGCCCAUCUCUCGUCUCUACACUCGCUACUUUCAGGGAGACUUACAGCUCUACUCUAUGGAGGGUUACGGCACUGAUGCAGUUAUACACCUGAAGGCAUUGUCUACAGACUCCGUGGAGAGGCUGCCAGUUUUUAACAAGACCGCUUUACGUCACUAUAAGCUGAGUUUGGAGGCAGAUGACUGGUGCGUUCCCUCGAAGGAGCCUCUGGACCUGGCCGUGUACCGCACUGCCAAGUGAAUCAGUCAUGACCUGACAUGAUUUCUGACACAAACUCUUGAAAGCUGAACAUAAAAUGUCCCCUAAAGGCAGGGCAUUUUGGGACCAGAACUAUUAACCAAGAGGCAAAAUGAACCUGGAGAUGGGAGAUCAAAGAGAAGGCACAGCAUGGUCGUAUUUCUUUGUAUGUCCCUCUGCUUUUCUUACACGUGUGCCUUUGGAAGAGCAAGACAAAAACAAAGUUGACAUUCUGAGUCAAGAUGGUGAACGGUCAAAGAUGCAUUGGCUGAAAUCCAAAAAGAGCGCAAGCAUGCAAGAUGGUGAGGAGAAUUAAACUGAUGGUUGGGCUCGACGAUUUGAAGAAAAUCUCUACAUGUGGACAUCAUCUGAGCAAUUCUGGGACUGGAAUUCAACACAUUUCAUCCAAAUGUUAGCAAUCUGUUUUGCUGUUACUAUUCGCCCUUUCAAACCAAAUCAACAUAAGUUUUUUUGUGCCACAUAAAAAUGCCUUUCACAAACUUUUUGACCAUUGACUAGCAAAUUGGUUUGAUUUCUUUGAAAA